CGUCCCUCCGAUUCCAAGCAAGGAAGAAGAAGUAGUAGUAGAGGGAUAGAGAAGUAGUAGACGGCCACCUGCCUGCCUGCUUCUGUGUUGGCGCCGGAGCUGUCGAAUCCGUUCUUGCUGCUGCUGUUCGGGAGCUCGCCGGAGCUGUUGGCGCCCGGCGUUCUUGGAGCCCGGAGGAGGGGGAGGAGGAGCAGCAACAGGAGGGGCCGUACGCAUGGCUACAAGGCACCACCGCGCGGCUGCCGCUCAGCAGCCGGCGAACAGAGGUGCUGCAGUCGCACCGGGAAAGCAGAAGGCCGCCACCGCCGCCGCCGGCCGCCCUGAUGCAAGAAACCGGCAGGCCCUGGGUGAUAUCGGCAACGUCUUGAACGCCCAUGUGGUCGACGGCAAGAUCCAGCUGCCGGAGGGGAUCAACCGCCCAAUCACCAGGAGCUUCGGCGCCCAGCUCUUGAAGAAAGCCCAGGAGAACGCCGUCGCGGCAAACAAGGUACGGAUUGUUGUGCAGAACCCGGCCAGGAAAGAGCCUGCUCCGAAGCCGGCAAAGAAGCUCGUGCCCCGUCCUGACAAUGCCCCCAAGGUCACCUCCGGCAACGAGAACAAGAAACCCGUCGAGGACAAGAAGCCGUUGAAGUCGGAGGGCGCCGGCGGUGGCGGCUCUGCCCACAAGCACUCCAGGAAGAAGGUCGUGAACACGCUUACAUCUGUGCUCACUGCUCGUUCCAAGCACGCCUGUGGCAUUACUGAGAGGCCAAGAGAAGUCGUCGAGGACAUCGACAAGCUCGACGGCGACAACCAGCUCGCCGUGGUGGACUACAUCGAGGACAUCUACAAGUUCUACAGGACUGCCCAGCACGAGUGCCGGCCGACUGACUACAUGAGCAGCCAGCUCGAGGUGAACCCCAAGAUGAGGGCCAUCCUGGCGGACUGGAUCAUCGAGGUGCACUACAAGUUCGAGCUGAUGCCGGAGACCCUCUACCUCACCAUGUACGUCAUCGACCGGUACCUCUCGCUGCAGCCAGUGCUGCGCAGGGAGCUGCAGCUCGUCGGCAUCGCCGCCAUGCUGAUCGCCUGCAAGUACGAGGAGAUCUGGGCGCCGGAGGUUAACGAUUUCAUCUGCAUCGCUGACAACGCCUACCUGCGGCACCAGAUUCUUGCCAUGGAGAAGAACAUCUUGAACAGGCUGCAGUGGAACCUCACCGUUCCCACGCCUUACGUCUUCCUUGUCCGGUUCGUCAAAGCCGCCGGAGGCGACAAGGAGCUGGAGCACAUGGUGUUCUUCUUCGCAGAAAUGGCACUGACGGAGUACGGCAUGGCGUCGCUGUGCCCGUCGCUGGUGGCCGCGUCCGCGGUGUACGCAGCGCAGUGCACGCUGAAGAGGAGUCCCCUCUGGACGGACACGCUCAAGCACCACACCGGCUUCAGCGAAUCACAGCUUAUGGAGUGUGCAAAGGUCCUUGUGAACGCUCACGCUGCCGCUCCUGAGAACAAGCUGAAGUCGGCGUACAAGAAGUACUCAGCUGAGCAGUUCGGGCGUGUCGCUCUGCGCCCUCCAGCAGCUGGUCAAGUCUAGGAUUUCAGUUCAGAGUACGAUGGAAUGUCAUUCUUGACAUUAUUUAAAGAUUCUUUUUCCUGGGUUAGAUGUUUGGAUCAAGACAGCUUGAAAACGACUGUUAUCCUUUUUCCGUGGGGGAUUACUCUGACCUCUGGAGUUACUAUUCAGUACUUUGAUACACCUUGGUGUAACAGGUCUUCAUAACUGUUCUUUUCACAAGUAUGAAAUGAAUGAAAAGUACUACGUAGUACUACUUUUUUUUUGGAUAUUUCUCUCUGUCUGCCAAUUUUGUUACAAAAAGGAAGGAAAAAUGCGCAGCAUUAAGAUGUGUACAACUCUUCUGCAACCAACUAUUAAGAUGGAUACAAAAGGUAAACCAAAUGACCUCAAG